AAAGAACUGAAGUUUUGCAAACCAGAUAUUUUAUUUGUGAAGAUAACAAAACGCCAUGGACAUGAUGAAAGUAGCUGCAACAGAGAAACCGUCACUUUCUUCUCCUGCUGCCUUGGCUUCAACAAUCAAAUUCAUCCAAAUUCCAAAAUCUGAAACUUUUCUUCAACCCACCCUUGAACAAACCAGGCAAACCCAUGCUCUAAUGGUGAAAACCCACUUCAAUGAAACCAAGUUCAGCCCUUCAGCACAAUUCAAUUUCCUUAUUACAUCUUACACUAAAAACAGCCAACCCCACAGUGCACUUGACAUCUAUACUUAUUUGAGAAGAAUGGAUUAUGAAGUUGAUAACUUCAUGGUCCCUGCAGUACUGAAAGCUUGUAGUUUUGUUUCAAACACCCAAUUGGGCAAAGAAAUACAUGGUUUUGCUGUGAAGAAUGGAUUGACUGAAGAUGUUUUUGUAAGUAAUGCUUUGAUACAAAUGUAUAGUGAAUGUGACAGUGUUGUCUCUGCCAGAUUGUUGUUUGAUAAUAUGUAUGAAAGAGAUGCUGUUUCUUGGAGUACAAUGAUUAGAUGCUAUGUUAGAAGCAAAUUGUACAUGGAAGCAUUGGAGAUGAUAAGAAAGAUGCAAAUUUUACAGAUAAGACCUAGUGAAGUUGCCAUGAUUAGCAUGAUUACUUUAUUUGCAGACCUCAUGGAUGUUGAAAUGGGAAAAGCAAUGCAUGCUUAUGUUACAAGGAAUCUUGAGAAAAUGAGUUUUCAGUUAACUACUGCUUUCAUUCAUAUGUAUGCCAAAAGUGGAAAUUUAGCUUCUGCAAGACUGCUUUUCGAUGGAUUGAACCAGAAAACUGUUGUUUCAUGGACUGCUAUGAUAGCUGGAUAUAUUCAUUGCAAUAAAUUAGAAGGGGGAAUGAAGCUUUUUGCUAGAAUGAUUGAAGAAAGGAUAAAGCCAAACGAGAUUACUUUGCUGUGUUUAGUUGUAGAGAGUGGUUUUGUGGGGGCUUUAGAACUGGGAAAACAAUUACACGUUUAUAUUUUGAGAAACGGGAUUUGUUUGUCUCUGGCUCUUGCUACUGCUCUGGUUGAUAUGUAUGGGAAAUGUGGAGAGAUAUGGAAUGCUAGAGCAGUCUUUGACUCAGUUAAAGACAAAGAUGUUAUGAUCUGGAGUGCUAUGAUUGCAGCCUAUGCGCAAACACAUUGCAUAGAUCAGGCUUUUGAUCUUUUUGUCAAGAUGAGGGAAAAUGGGGUGAGACCUAACCAAGUAACAAUGACUACGAUGCUUUCACUUUGUGCAGAGACUGGAGCCCUUGAUAUGGGUAAAUGGGUUCAUACUGUCAUAGACAGGCAAGCUGUUGAAAUGGAUACGAUCUUAAAAACCGCACUAUUGGAAAUGUAUGCCAAGUGUGGAGACAUUGAUGGGGCUUGGAAACUGUUCAGGGAAGUUAAAGAUAGAGAUAUUGGUAUGUGGAAUACGAUGAUGGCAGGAUUAGGAAUGCAUGGAUGCGGUAAGGAGGCUUUGGAGCUAUUCUCCGAGAUGGAAAGAGAGGGUGUUAGGCCAAAUGAUAUCACAUUUAUUGGACUUCUAAAUGCUUGUAGCCAUGCAGGAUUGGUGGAAGAAGGGAAGUUAAUUUUUGAGAAAAUGGUUCAUGCAUUUGCAUUGGUUCCUAAGAUUGAACACUAUGGUUGUAUGGUGGAUCUUCUUGGUCGAGCAGGACUGCUUGAUGAGGCCUAUGGGAUUAUCAAAAGCUUGCCUAUAAGGGCAAACUCCAUUAUAUGGAGUGCUCUUCUUGCUGCAUGCAAGCUUCACCACAACACUGUAUUAGGGGAAAUGGCUGCUAGGCAACUUGUUUACCUGGAACCUCAAAACUGUGGUUAUAAUGUUUCUAUUUCAAAUAUAUAUGCAGUGGCAAAUAGGUGGAAUGACGUUGCAGAGGUGAGAAAAGCAAUGAAGAACAAGGGAAUUAGAAAAGAACCAGGGCUCAGCUGUAUCGAAGUAAAUGGAUAUGUUCAUGAGUUCAUAAUGGGAGAUAAAGCACACCCAGAAAUCGAAAAGAUAAAUGAUAUGGUGUCUGAGAUGGGAAACAAGCUAAAGGAGGCAGGGUACAUGGCAGACACUUCUGCUGUCUUAAGAAAUAUAGAUGAGGAAGAGAAAGAAACGGCACUCAAUUAUCACAGCGAAAAAUUGGCUAUCGCUUUUGGUCUCAUUAGCACAGCUCCGGGCACUCCAAUUCAGAUUGUAAAAAAUCUGAGAGUUUGUAAGGACUGUCACACUGCAACUAAGCUGCUGUCUAAAAUAUAUCAGAGAGUAAUAAUAGUACGUGAUCGAAAGCGCUUUCACCACUUCAGAGACGGAACCUGUUCCUGUGGAGACUACUGGUAGCACCCUAGUUGUGUAUGUAUGUUCCAAGAACACAGUGAGGAUAUGUACAAUUAAAAGUUAAUGAAAAGGAAAUUAAAAUUCUCUCA